GCUUCAGUGAUAAAUCGUCUAUCGUGCGCGGAUGAUGAACCAAAAAAUUUUUGUACAAAAAAUAAAAAUUUCGUUUUUGCAAUCGUUUUGAUUAUCAAUAGAGUUUAUUGUCUAUAUAUAAUACAUCCUAAUGUACACUUAUACCCUCUGUGCUGUAGAAAAUAUUUGUUUUGAUGGAAUCAUUUUAGAAAUUGAUUUUAUUUUAAUCCUUCAUCGUUUUAUGGACAAUAAAUCAUAAAAAUAAAGUUUGAAAACUUCAAAGAAAAAUGUGCCUCUGUUUGUUUAACAAAUAAACAAAACAAAAACCCGAACCGAUUGGCAUUUAACUUUUAAAUAUUCUACAUGUUUAUCGUCAUCACAACGGAAUUAUAUGCGUGAUUGUUACAGUAUCAUUCUAAAAUAUAAUUUAUUAAGAAAACGAAAAGAAAAACAAAAGUGGAAGAAGUGAGAAGUAUAGAAAUAAAAACGCAAAAUUAUUAAAUGGAAUGGACAUGGCUCAAAGAUUGGUGGCGUUUGAAAAAGCUGCGCCGAAACAAUCAAUUACGGCACAAUAAUCAUAAUGGCGAUGACGUCGACGACGAUACCUUGAAUAGUGGCUAUGAGGACGAGGAUUUCGAUGAUAUGUGUUACUGUGAUGAGUGUAUGAAUGGCGAUAUUGAUCUAAUCCAAAACAAUGACGGUGCCGACUCGGAUUGCAGUACAUCUUCGACUGGUAAACAGGUUCUGGUUGGCAUUUGUGCCAUGUCCAAGAAAACCCAAUCGAAACCGAUGAAGGAAAUUCUGACACGACUCCAGGAAUUUGAGUACAUUAAGAUGGUGGUGUUUGACGAGGAAGUCAUUCUCAAAGAUCCGGUAGAAAGUUGGCCAAUUUGCGACUGCUUGAUAUCGUUCCAUUCGAAAGGAUUCCCGUUGGAAAAGGCUAUACAAUACGCACAAUUGCGCAAGCCCUAUGUGAUAAACAAUCUGCAUAUGCAGUAUGAUAUACAGGAUCGUCGUAGAGUUUAUUCAAUUUUAGAAUCGGUUGGCAUCGAAAUUCCCCGAUACGGAGUGUUAGAUAGAGAUUCACCGGAUCCAAAACAACAUGAAUUAGUUGAGAGCGAAGAUCAUGUUGAAGUGAAUGGCAUCACAUUCAAUAAGCCAUUCGUUGAGAAACCAGUGUCGGCAGAAGACCAUAACAUUUACAUUUAUUAUCCGACAUCGGCCGGUGGCGGUAGUCAACGCUUAUUUAGAAAGAUUGGAAGCCGGAGUAGUGUUUACUCACCAGAGUCUAGAGUUCGUAAAACAGGUUCAUUUAUUUAUGAAGAUUUUAUGCCGACGGAUGGUACAGGAACUGAUGUCAAAGUCUAUACAGUUGGACCCGACUACGCCCAUGCCGAAGCUCGUAAGAGUCCAGCCCUCGAUGGUAAAGUGGAACGUGAUAGCGAAGGAAAAGAGAUUCGUUAUCCGGUCAUACUGUCGAAUCACGAGAAAAUGAUAUCGCGGAAAGUGUGCAUGGCCUUUCAGCAGACGGUUUGCGGAUUUGAUUUGUUGAGAGCGAACGGAAAGUCGUUUGUCUGUGAUGUGAAUGGAUUCAGUUUCGUCAAAAAUUCUAACAAAUAUUAUGACGACUGUGCCAAGAUAUUAGGUAAUAUGAUACUUAGAGAACUAGCACCGACACUACAUAUCCCCUGGUCGGUACCAUUCCAAUUGGACGAUCCACCCAUUGUGCCGACGACAUUUGGUAAAAUGAUGGAAUUAAGAUGUGUCGUUGCCGUUAUACGGCAUGGUGAUCGGACGCCGAAACAAAAGAUGAAAGUGGAAGUUCGUCAUCCAAAAUUCUUUGAAAUAUUUGAGAAAUACGACGGUUACAAACAUGGUCACGUGAAGCUUAAACGGCCGAAGCAAUUGCAGGAAAUUUUAGACAUAGCACGGUACUUGCUUAGCGAAAUACAAACGGCAGAGGUCGAAAUCGAGGAAAAGCAGGGAAAACUGGAACAACUGAAAAGUGUUUUGGAAAUGUAUGGCCACUUUUCCGGCAUCAAUCGUAAAGUUCAAAUGAAAUAUCAACCGAAGGGACGACCGCGCGGAUCCAGUUCGGAUGAUGGUAACAGUUCAAGUACUCCAGAUGUUCCCAAAGAACCGUCUUUGGUGCUAAUAUUAAAGUGGGGCGGUGAACUCACUCCAGCCGGACGAAUACAAGCCGAAGAACUCGGGCGAAUAUUUCGUUGCAUGUAUCCAGGUGGCCAAGGUAGACAGGAAUACGGUACACAAGGCUUAGGUCUUUUAAGAUUGCAUUCGACAUUUCGUCACGAUUUGAAGAUCUACGCAUCCGAUGAGGGACGUGUGCAAAUGACUGCGGCUGCUUUCGCUAAAGGUUUACUGGCAUUGGAAGGUGAAUUAACGCCAAUUCUUGUACAAAUGGUUAAAAGUGCAAAUACCAACGGAUUGUUGGACAAUGACUGUGAUUCGAGUAAAUAUCAAAACAUGGCCAAAAAUCGAUUACACGAAUUGAUGCAAAUUGACCGUGAGUUUACAGCAGAGGAUCGACUGGAGAUAAAUCCAUCGAAUAGUAUUAGCAUCAAUCAAGCCAUUGACUUCGUAAAAAAUCCGGUCAAAUGCUGUACCCAUGUUCAGCUACUCAUCCAAACGCUGUUGUCAAUUGUUAAUGUUAAAAAAGACGAUCCGAAAACUCGCGAUGCUAUUUUGUAUCAUGGCGAAACAUGGGACCUGAUGGGCCGUAGAUGGGGAAAAAUUGAAAAGGAUUUUUCCACUAAAAACAAGUCCUUCGACAUAUCCAAGAUACCGGACAUUUACGAUUGCAUCAAAUACGACCUGCAACACAAUCAACAUACUUUACAAUACGAUCAGGCCGAAGAACUGUACAUUUAUGCGAAAUACUUGGCUGACAUUGUAAUACCUCAAGAGUAUGGCCUUACCAUUCAGGAAAAAUUGACCAUUGGCCAGGGAAUAUGCACACCAUUGCUGAAAAAGAUCAAAUCCGAUCUGCAACGUAACAUCGAAGAAGUGGGAAACGAAAGUGUGAACCGGUUAAAUCCCCGAUACAGUCAUGGCGUUUCAAGUCCUGGUAGGCACGUUCGUACCCGUCUAUAUUUUACGAGUGAAUCGCACGUUCACUCGUUGCUGACUGUGUUGCGUUUCGGCGGCUUAUUGGAUGUGUUGAAUGACGAACAGUGGAGCCGGGCCAUGCAAUACAUAUCGAUGGUUUCCGAAUUGAAUUACAUGUCGCAAAUUGUGAUAAUGCUUUACGAGGAUCCAACGAAAGAUCCCACCUCCGAGGAACGCUUCCAUGUCGAGUUGCACUUUAGUCCCGGUGUAAAUUGUUGUGUUCAGAAAAAUCUACCGCCGGGGCCUGGGUUCCGACCUCACAGUCGGAAUGACUCCGUAACUUCGAAGAACACGAGUGGCGAUGAGGAACCGUCCCAAUCGAAAAUCGAAGAGGAAAGUGACACCUUCGCUGAAAGUGUAUCCGGAUCUUCAUCGAAAACCUUACUAGCCGAUUCGACCGAUGAGCCGAGCGAACUGCCAAAGAUGACCAACAAAAAUCGCCAUUCGAAAGUCUCCAAACCAAUACCAAUCGGAAUGCACCACACAGUAUGCGGACACGAGGCAAAAGAUUUGGCGAAAAGAUUGACCGACGAAUUGGCAUCGCAACAGGCACAUCAUAGUGGAUCGUUGGGUUCGCAACGCACAAACAGUCCGGAAAGUGAGCCGCGUGCACGAUCUUUCGAGAAUCGCGAGGCCAAAACGAAAAGUGACCACAAGUACUACCAGAGUCUGCAAGCGGUGAACAACCAAGACACAACUCCAUCGCCAAGUAAUUCGUCGACGGUACGGCGUCAACGACACAGUCUUUCCGGCCAGAUGAGUUACUACAAAAUGCUGGGCUUCGGUGGAUAUAGCAAAAAAAUGGCAACCAGCACAAAUAGUUUAUUUAGCACAGCCGUCAUUUCCGGAAGUUCGUCUGCACCGAAUCUAAGGGAUAUGAUACCAUGCACGGCAUCGUCAUCAGUUUUAGAAGGAUUCGGAGGAGUACCGCCAAUACGUCCAUUGGAAACGCUGCACAAUGCCUUGUCGCUGAAACAAUUGGAUGGUUUUCUGGAAAAAAUGGUUACAGUUCCAUUGUUCAAAACGCCUGCAUCGUCAUCGCCAACACCGAUCCAAACACCGCAAACGCUGCCCGACAAAAUUGGAACGUUGGCUAGUUGGAGUUGCCAAACGAGCAUGAGCAGCACUAGUGCCAUGUCCAGUGGUGGACCAUCAUCUCCAAACAUUUCGGAUAGCUUGAAUUCUCGGAGUGACUUUUCCAUCAGUUUGGCCAGUAAUGACGGUGGGGUACUUGCAACUGAAUUUUCGCAAAUGUUUCAAAUGUUAGACAAUGAGCUAGGACCUGAAAGUACACAGUUUGCGUUCGAUCAAUUUCGACAAAAUUCAGAAGAGAAAACCCUAGUUGGAAAAAGCAGCUUAAUCGCUCAAGAUCGAGAGAAAACUAAUAUUGACUCGUUUGAAGGACUCGAUGAUGAGGAAGAUGAACCAACGAUAUCGAACGACAACUACAACGUUCAUCAAAUAUCUCCUUCGAAGAAACCAGACUCGUUGAGUGAUGGAACGAAUUUAGAAAAUGUCAAUCCGUUUGAUUCGCAAGCAAGGAGAGAAGGAAUAUCUCGUAUUCAGAAACAGAUUAGCCUUUGCGAGCGGGACGAUUCAAGAGAUUUGAAGCAACUCACACGAGACGUUGAUAACUUUACACGACGUCCCGGCAGUGGUCACAUAGCAAAACGUUGGAUUGACUCUGCACCGCAACAAACCAAUUAUGUAUCUGCCGACAAUGUAUGCAACACUUCAUUUUAUAUUGGUCGCAGUCCAAUAAAAAACUCGAUGAUCGAUUCUGCCGAUCCGAAAACCAUGUCUUGCAUGAAUUUGAAAUCGUGUGCCGGUCCUAGCAUCAGUCCGGGUGCCGUUGUUGUAAAAGAGAAAUUCAUUGAAACGCCGGCGCCACUACGAGUGGCGAAGAGCUUUCAUGGCAAUACGGCGUUUCUGAAGUACAAGUGCAAAAAGUCAAAGAAAUUGGAUGCUGGUAUAUCGACUAGGUCGAGUGGUGAUAUAACGAGACCAGCAUCGAGUAGUGAUAUUAAGCAUAGGUUUGUUACGACGAAAGUCAAUGAAGUGGAUUUCGCUUCCUGCAAAAGUGCUGAAAGCGAUGAAAACAAAUAAUGUGAUCGGACAUUUUGUUGAAUUUUUAUCGGGCGAUGAGGUUAGUAAAUGCUCUCCCUGAGAGAGCAUGGACUUAGUUCAUCGUUUCGUUGUCUUUAUCGCUUUGCCUAAUAGAAUAUGGUUGUUGAAUAAAAUUUUGUUUGGUCAAAAUGGUUCGGAAACCGUUGCGAACAUUCAAAUAGAUAAGUGUUAUACUAACGAGAACUAACUGAUAGGAGAGCCAUCUGACAUUAACUUUGUGUAACUUUCUGAACGUACAUAUGAGCGCGAAUGACUAUUAUGUAUAGUGUUAUGUAUAUAGGUUACAACGGAGGUUCAAUUAGUUUUAAGAUUCAUUCUGUUAUAGCAUCCAGUAGAUGUAAGAUAGAAACGAAUAAAUAUUGUAACUAUAGUCGAAGGAGUUGCAUUUUAUUUCAUGGUCCUUCGUUCGCCAUCAAAAAGUAAUCAGCGAGACGAAGUGAUAUACAGUCCACAAAUCAAUUAUAACAAGUUCAAGUGCGACAGUUUCAAUCGGUGCGACAAACUGUUCUAAAAGUACGGGUGCCUGAGAAUUGGCCGGUUAAAUUUGAAAAUUCCGAGGAGUGGAAAUAGUUUGGUUCAUGGAAAUUAAAAUCGUCAAAUCCACUAAUUCAAAGAAAAAACCGAAAAUCGUUGGACAAUAGCCGUCGAAGAAAAGUUGUUGUGCGCAGAGUGGUACAAGGUCACUGAGUUGGUGGGAAUUUCCAGUUGAAAUUCGUUCGACGAAGAUAUUACGGCAAAGCAAGAUCAGCGAGUUGGUGGGAAUUUCCAGUUGAAAUUCGUUCGACGAAGAUAUUACGGCAAAGCAAGAUCAGCGAGUUGGUGGGAAUUUCCAGUUGAAAUUCGUCGAAGAAAAGUUGCUGUGCGCAGAGUGGUACAAGGUCACCGAGUUGGUGGGAAUUUCCAGUUGAAAUUCGUCGAAGAAAAGUUGCUGUGCGCAGAGUGGUACAAGGUCACCGAGUUGGUGGGAAUUUCCAGUUGAAAUUCGUCGAAGAAAAGUUGCUGUGCGCAGAGUGGUACAAGGUCACUGAGUUGGUGGGAAUUUCCAGUUGAAAUUCGUUCGACGAAGAUAUUACGGCAAAGCAAGAUCAGCGAGUUGGUGGGAAUUUCCAGUUGAAAUUCGUCGAAGAAAAGUUGCUGUGCGCAGAGUGGUACAAGGUCACCGAGUUGGUCGAAGAAAAAUUGUUGUGUGCAGAGUGGUACAAGGUCACCGAGUUGGUGGAAGAAAAGUUGUUGUGCGCAGAGUGGUACAAGGUCACCGAGUUGGUGAAAGAAAAGUUGUUGUGCGCAGAGUGGUACAAGGUCACCGAGUUGGUGAAAGAAAAGUUGUUGUGCGCGGAGUGGUACAAGGUCACCGAGUUGGUGGAAACCAGUGGUUUAUAUCGAACUUGAGAAUCAACGGCCAAAAACAGUCGAUGGUCAGAGAAUCAAUCUAAGUUGGUAUUAACACAAUUGGCAUCAAGGCAAGAUUACCGAGUUGAAAUUCGUCGAAGAAAAGUAGUUGUACGUAAAGCGGUAGCAAGGUCAUCGAGUUGGUGGAAAGUUCCAGUAGAAUUUAUCGUUGUUCGUUACAUACCGUACGGAAGCAAUCGUGGAUCAACGUAAACCGUAAGCAGUGGAAUUGGUACAAUUGGCGAACAAAGCAAAGUCACCGAGUUGGUGGAAAGUUCCAGUAGAAUUUAUCGCUGUUUGUACCUACCGCACGAAGCAGUCAACGCAGGAAGCAUUCGUAGUCAUUGGGGAUCAAACUAGGUUGGAAUUGGUACAAUUGGCAACCGAGGCAAGAUUAUCGAGUUGGUGGAAAUUUCCAGUAGAAAUUCGUUCGAAGCAGGGUCAUCCGUUCCGAAGCAGUCUCGAAGUAAUCUAAUCGAUUGGAGCCGUGAAAAGGGUCAUCAAACGCUGUGCGUAGAUUUGGUUCAAGCCGCAGUCUCAUAAUCCAUUGGUCCAGAAGAUCAUCCAUUUUUCCAUAAUCCAUUGGUCCAGAAGAUCAUCCAUUGGUCCAGAAGAUCAUCCAUUUUUCCAUAAUCCAUUGGUCCAGACGAUUACCUAUUGGUCCACGCCACAUCCAUUGUCGAACAUGUCUGGGGAAACACAAUCAACCAAAGAAUCACAUAUCAUCAAACCGUGUGGAUUCACUUAUCUGAAGCACAAGCGGACGAAACAAUGUUCCAAAUUUCAGCAAUCGUCUCGACAUAACCUCAUUAUGGUUACCACGGAAAAAAGUUUUUUUUUUAUUUAUCGCGGAAUUUGAUUACACACACGUUAACUAGCUUUGUCUUAACAAAUUAACGUAAUAACGCGCACUUAGAAAUCAAUUAAAGUUAGUAUGCGCAUUUGGUUUACCGAUUAAAAAAAAAAAUAAUAAUAAUAAUUUCACUUUCACAUAAUGACAACGACGCGUUGCAACAAAGUAAAUUUCAGUUCGACAGCUGUUUCAAAACUAGGUCAUUGACACGUACAUUGUUUGAAAAUUUAGGACGUUCGAUUGGAUGAACAUUUGUAGUUGUGCGAUUUUGUUGUCAAAUUUUUUCUGUCAUUGUAAGAACUUUAAAUCACGAUCGUUUCGGGCUGGUUUCAACCGGGGUAGACUCGGCCAGUUGUUGCGAUGGUGAUUUAAAACGUUCAAAAAUUUUUAUAUCGUCAUUCUUAAUUUAAACAUGAAUGUUUCAAGUCGGGAAGUGGUUCGGAAACCGUUGCGAACAUUCAAAUAGAUAAGUGUUAUACUAACGAGAACUAACUGAUAGGAGAGCCAUCUGACAUUAACUUUGUGUAACUUUCUGAACGUACAUAUGAGCGCGAAUGACUAUUAUGUAUAGUGUUAUGUAUAUAGGUUACAACGGAGGUUCAAUUAGUUUUAAGAUUCAUUCUGUUAUAGCAUCCAGUAGAUGUAAGAUAGAAACGAAUAAAUAUUGUAACUAUAGUCGAA